CGAGUCGGUCCCUCUUGGGGACCUCGAGGUGACUCUCUGUCCUCUAUGCAGCCUCGUGCGCUCCCUUCUUGCUUUUGCAUUGUUUGCCAUUGUGUUGAUAGCCUCAUGUGAGGGAGGCUUCCAUUAUUCACCUGCGAUUGAAUGCGACAGCGCGCCGCGCGGCUACUCCACUAAAGGAACCGUAGUGUCUCUCUCCUGUGUGAGGGCUACCAUUCGCUCUUCCUCGCCGCAUACCCCACACACUCCUCCCUUCGGCGCAAUACAAUGACGAAGCGGAAGGUCAUUCCUUUCCUCGCCUUUGCCGCGACUGUGUCCAUUUUCCUCUUCUUCUUCUUUGGCGAAACAGUGCACAAGACAUGGGAAGGGUUACCACAGCACAUAGGGCUUGGAGAGCACAUAGGGAACAGCCAUGCGCACGAUGCGACUGGUGGAAGCCAACAGGAACCAGAUUAUGCGAACUGGAACCCAAGACCAGACUUCAAAGCUGGCUCAACGCUACCAGCAGGGCAUAAUUACACAUCUACCCUCGUGAUUGCGAGGACAAAAGAGGAGGAUAUGGAAUGGUUACAACGCGAGAUUCCAGGUCAACAAACCGCUAUCUACGUCGUCGACGAUCCUUCCGCUCCGCUCCACCCUCCCAAGAACAAAGGACACGAGGUCAUGGUAUAUCUCACAUAUAUAAUCGACCACUACGACGAGCUCGCCGACGUAACGAUGUUCAUGCACGCGCACCAACUCGCCUGGCACAACGACGAAAUCCUCGGCAACGACGCCGCAAAAAUGAUAUCCCGUCUCUCUCGCCCGCGCGUCUGGCGCGAAGGUUUCGUCAACAUGCGCUGCUCCUGGUACCCUGGCUGUCCGGACUGGAUGCAUCCCGGCGAGACGGCCCAGAACGACUUCAAGCAAGAGGAAGUCCUGCUUGCCAAGUCGUGGUCGGAAUUAUUUCCUCUCGACGAGAUCCCGAGUAUGUUGGCGCAGCCGUGUUGUGCGCAAUUUGCGCUGAGUCGGGAGAGGAUUCAGGCGAAGAGUCAUGCGCAGUAUGUGUGGUAUCGCGAGUGGUUGUUCCAGACCAAGAUUCCGGAUCAUCUCUCUGGGAGAAUCUGGGAGUAUGUGUGGCAGUUUGUGUUCACGGGUGAGGCUGUGUUUUGUCCGAAAGAACAUGUUUGCUUCUGUGAUCAGUAUGGGACGUGUUUUGGUGGGGAAGAGGAAUUCGAUGGUUUUGUGAGCUUGAAGAAUGAGCUUGCCGACCGCGAGCGUGACCUCAGGGAUUGGGAAGACAAAUGGAAUAAAGUUGAGGAGGCGAAGGAGAAGGGUGAUCAAGAGAAGUUGAAGGGACUAGAAAAGCCUGAGCUGGGGAAGGAUCAGGAGUUCCACAGGGACAUUGAUCGGUUGAGGCCGGUUGUGGAUCGUUUGAGGGAUGAGGCGGAGGUGAGAGGGAAGGAUCCAAAGAAUAGAGCGAAAGAAGCGGGGAGGGUGUGGCACGAGGACGAUGGCUUCUAGUUGAAGUCAAUUCUGAAUCUGAUGUUCUGGUACAGGAAGGGAUUUUACAGGUCUCUGGCGUUAUAUGGGAGGAUACCCAUCUACAGACUUAGACUCUUGAAGCAGUAGAGCGCAGCCAGCGAGCUGUCAUUGUUGUCACGUAAGUCAGUAUCGCAUUACUCAGGCGGAGCAUGUCUACUUCUGCUACAUAUUGCUAGCCAAACAAAUCUUACCGUGUU